UUUUAAUACCAUGCAAACAUUUUGACCGUAGGCAGUGUUUCGACGUUACUUUAAACAUGGUCCUGUCACCGCGAAUAUUGCUAUCGAAUGUUGCGCGUGAGAAAUGUAAAGCGUGUUUGCGAGAACAGCCCCAAUUAUUCAUUCAAAAUGGUGCAAUAUCCGAACCAAAAGCUGCAGUUUUACUGCCCCUAUGUGUGAUAAAUGAAGAGGUACAUAUUUUGUACACUUUACGGUCAUCCGCUUUAAAAACUCACAGUGGUCAGGUAUCGUUUCCUGGUGGUAAAAUUGACAAAGGAGAGGACGUAAUCGACACAGCGCUAAGAGAGACAGAAGAAGAGAUUGGUAUAACUCGUGAUGCGAUCGACGUUUGGUGUACAAUGUCCGCAGUUCAGGGACGCGAUAAGAAUAUGUUGAUAAAACCUGUUGUGGGAGUUAUCAAAGAUUUCGAAAAGCGUGUAUUAGUGCCGAAUUUCCAUGAAGUGGAAGAGGUGUUCACUGUUCCUAUAUCAGCACUGUGUGAUCCACUUAACCAUGCACACUUGAUGUUUGAUAACACUCCUCUACCAAUAUUUUUAGCUGGCAAACAUAAGAUAUGGGGUAUAACAGGGUUUAUUACCCACUUGUUCUUACAGUGCUUCCUUCCCAGUGAGAAUUAUUUGGUUGAUUUUAUGAGGAAAAAGUUUGAUAUGAAUGAACUUUUGCCAUCUAAGUUAUAGUAGUAGUAGCUUGUACAUAUUUUUACAAAUGAUCAAUAAUUGUAUUAUUGUAAUGGGGUAAAUGAAAACAAUGAAAUGUAAUAAAUAACAAGGUUUUAUUUAACUUUUUGUACACUUGACUUUUAAAUAUAAAUUACCAAUACAAUUGGUGAUGGGUACUAGGUUGCUUGAUUAUUCAUUAACUGUGAUAUGUAUUUUAUAAAUAAUUUAUGUAAAUUUCGAAUAAUAAAGUAUUAAAAAAAAUUGUUUUAAUUUUUCAAAGUAGGU